AUGCAGGCCAGGCCGCAAGGACGGCGGGUGGGUCAUCAAGGAGGGCGGCGAGCCGAAGGACGUCGGCGAAAAGAGGGGGGCUGCAUAGUUCCGCCUGCCAAGAUGUGGGUAGUGUCUGGGAGGACGGCGGUAGGCUGCACGACGGCGGGCGAGUGGAGGCUAGGAAGAUGGCGUGCAGCACGACGAUGACGGUUACCUGAAGCAGGGCGGUGGACACCAGGAUGGCGGCGCAGGACAAGACGGCCGCGCCGUGGAGGAUAGACGGCGGGAAGGAGGAGGAGGAGAACCAGAGCGAACGGCAAGAGGCGGCGGACCGGAGGUGGGGCGAUGGGGAGGGUAGCCGCCAAGGCGAGGGCGAGAAGCGUGCAGCUGGAGGAGGGCGUGGCUGCUGUGGCUUGCUGCGGCUUGCGUGCUGGUGUUGGCACCAACAACACGACGCUGGUGGGGUGCUGCUGCUGCUGUGUGGACUGGCGCUGUUGGUGGGGUAUCGCUGCAGGUGGAAUGCUCCGCAGUCACACCCCACCACUAGCGUCUAGUACUCUUGAGUAGGAAUAAGUUAUUGAUAAUUAAUGGAAUAAAUUA